AAUACCACUUAAUAGACAAGUUUAACCACAAUCUAUAAACCUUCACAUACAUGUGGGUGACAUCCCUGGCCGUAGACACGGUUAGGGGAGAAUGGAAUGGACAUACAUUAUAAAUAAAUAAAUACAUUUAUAAUUUAGCAAUAUUUACAAAAAUCAUAACAAAAUGUGCUUCAAACACAUCAUACGAUUGCAUACAUUCCUUACGGCGCUUCUGGUACUCAAUUCAGUCAUUUGCAUCGACCCGGAGGGCGAGGACUGCGAUCCGUACGAUGAGAACGACCCCAACGAAGACCACCAAUUGAUCCGCAAAUUAAGUCUUAGGAAACAAACCCUCGAAGAGGAAAACGAAGACUUCGACGACGACUCUGACCACCAUAUUGUCAUAAAACCGCAUAAAUGCAUCAAAAAUGACAGACAUGUCAAGAGUUAUGCCUCAGAGGAGGCUAAACCGGUAGUCGAAAAGCCCCCGAAACAGACUACCAGUGCUAUUAUACGGACCACCGUUAAGACGACUACACCGAAGCCAAUGAUGGCUCCCUUAGAGCCGGAGUCAGUGCCGGCGCUCACCACUAAAGGGCCCAAAAAGGGGCUCAAGAAUUACGCGGCGGACUUGGAUGACGGGCCCGUAGUCAAGACAACCACCACCGAAGAGCCAACUACUGAUAGGUCCACGACUGAGACCACGGAAGAGGACACGACUACUGAGGAGAUGACGGAUAGUACCACUGAAUCGGAAGCGACUACCGAAACGACGAUACCGACCACUACUGAGGAGGAAGAGACCACAACUCCCACCACAACCGCGACAACUCAGGAGAUGGAGGCGACGGGUGCGGGCACUACAGAGGCGGACGACCGCCGCAGCACCGGCAUCGACGACAUCGACAUAGACUCGGCCACCGGUACCGAUGCCAUCGAAGAGGAGACUGAGAGCACCACCACUGAAGAGGGCAGUACGGAGACGGCCACUGAGGGUACAGACAGCACGACCGAAGCCGGCACCGGGGCCACAGGCGCCGGUACUCCGGGCAGCACUACUCCCGGCAGCAAAUGGAGUAAAUUCAAAAGUGGUCUGAAC